CUUUAUUUAUUGUUACAUAACAUUUAUGUAAUUUACCCUGGUUCACCUGAUGACUUAUUAUGACCCACCUUUCCAUCUUCGUAACAAAAGAAGCAGUAGAAAGAAGAGGGUGGUGCAAAGAACAGAAGGCUCAAUGGCUAGCAGCAACAAUUUCUUCCCGUCAGCAUCUGUCACCAGCAGCGGCCGCCCAGUGUUCCUUCCCAACGAGAUUGAAUGCCAACUUCUUUCAGCCGUGGACCUUGAAUCUGAUGAUGGCCCCAGCUUCCCUUCCCUCAAAUCAGGUCUCCUCAUCCUCACCACCCACCGCCUCAUCUGGAUCCCUUCCAAUUCCUCUGCCCAUUCCAAUGCCAUUGCUAUCCCUUUGUCCCUCAUCACCCAUAUAUUCUCUUCCAAAAAAUCCAUCAAAUCCAUCUUUCACUCCCCUCGGAUUCGCUUCCAAGUCUCCUUGAAUUCCAAGAGCCUUGUUGUCACAGUGGUGGCCAGAGGGAAGGGGGAUUGGGAUGGGUUUUUGCCUAAGUUCUGGGAGAAUUGGAGGGGAAGGGCUUGGGAGACUAGUGCUGGGGGUUCCACUGCUGAUGGUUCUGUUACAACUUCGAUUUCUGGUACAAGUUCUAAUUCAGGUGGGUUUUAUUUAAAUGAUGGGUCAGUGAGAAUGGUGGGAUUGGCAGGGAUACUAAGGAAGGAACAGGAGAUGUGGGAGAGUACGGACAAGAGCUUACAGGAGGCUUUCCAAGACUUGAAUGCACUAAUGAGCAAGGCUAAAGAGAUGGUGAUGCUAGCAGAGAAAAUGAGGCAAAAGCUCUUGUCUGGCUCAAACUCGGAAACUAAUGCAGGUAACAAUGAGGAAAUGGGUUCUAAAGAGGAGAUGCAAGAUUGGUUGUUAAGCGUUGGUAUCAUAUCUCCUGUAACAAAAGAAUCUGCGGGUGCCUUGUAUCAUCAACAGUUGUCUCGACAGUUGGCAGAUUUUGUAAGAACUCCACUAGAAAGAGCUGGAGGGAUGAUCAAUCUUAUAGAUAUCUAUUGUCUCUUUAAUCGUGCUCGGGGCACAGAAUUGAUCUCACCUGAGGAUUUGUUGCAAGCAUGUACUCUAUGGGAGAAAUUUGAUGCACCAGUCAUGCUUCGAAAGUUUGAUAGUGGAGUCAUGGUCAUCCAGAACAAGUCCCAUAGUGACGAGGAGGUUUUUACCCGGAUCAAAACCCUUGUCACAAAGCCUGAUGCCCUCCAAGCUGGAAUAACUGCUAGUGAUGCUGCAAUGACUUUGGGUAUUGCUCCGGCUAUGGCUAAGGAGCAUCUUCUAACUGCUGAGAGCAGAGGUAUACUAUGUAGGGAUAUAAGCCCUGAUGGCUUUCGCUUUUACAUUAACCUCUUUCCUGAAAUCGAUUCUGAUGACAUGCACAUGGUGAAAGAUCAUGGGAUUUAUUCUCUUUGGGUUCGGGUUGUAUCUGCUUAGUAAAAAGGCGUUCAUUUUUUGCUUUGAGUUGGAAUGACAACGCGGUGUUGAGAUUUCAUAGCCAUUGGCAGAGUUGUUGGGUCCGUGGCUGGUAAGUGUGUUGUUUACCUGACAAUUUGUUUUAGGAUGCAGCUUUUAUUUUGAUCCUGGAAGCAAAAGUCAUAAGGCGCUAUUGUAAACGUUUCAAACAGCUGAAACAUUUAUUAUAUCUUGCUAGAACUGUUUUUUUACAAUUAUAAUUUAUUGUCAAACAUUUGGUAGUGUUGGUAAAAUAGAUGUCUUAAGAUUCCAAUUAA